AUGGCCUACAGGACGGCCAUCGACUCAGUAUUGUCAGCAACAUCCUCAAUUCACCAUCACACAAACGCAGCUACAGCCGUCGUGUAUAACAAGCUUGCAAGAACAGCCAUGCACUUCAACUCCGUCUUUAGCGUCCUUUUGUCCUGUGGCCUCGCAGCAGCACACAUGCAGAUGAGCUGGCCUUAUCCCAUACGCAGUCCACUUGACCCUCAGAACAGAGGAUCCGACAAGGACUAUGACAUGGCCAACCCCCUCAGCCCGUCUGGCUCCGACUUUCCUUGCAAGGGCUACCACAAGAACACUCCCUGGCGCGCAACGGCGGAAUACAACGCGGGCGAGUCAUAUAACAUGACGGUGGCCGGUGCUGCAACACACAGUGGAGGAUCAUGCCAGCUGUCUCUGAGUUACGACGAUGGGAAAACCUUCAAAGUCAUCAAGUCCAAGGUGGGAGGGUGCCCGCUUGAUUUCAAGUACGACUUCACGAUGCCGAGCGAUGUGGUCAACGGCCAUGCUCUGUUUGCUUGGUCCUGGUUUAAUCUAGUGGGCAAUCGUGAGAUGUACAUGAACUGCGCAAACGUUGAGGUGAGCGGAGGGAGCGGCAGCAAGCAAUCGUUUGAAAACAAUUACCCGGAUAUGUUCGUGGCCAAUGUUGGAAAUGGCUGUUCUACGGUGGAAGGGAAGCAUACGGUGUUUGCCCAUCCGGGAAAGCAGGUUACCUAUGCCGGUGGGCUUGAUGCGUCCUCACCUCCAUUCCCCAACUGCUCUUGA